GGUCUAGCAGCGGCCGCUCCCCCUGCCCACUCGGCGCCGUCUCGCACCGACUGGAUCCGGAGACUCUGCGCUCGGGAAGAGUCCGGCGAGGGCGCCCGACGCGCGGUCAGGAUGUCGGGGCGCACGGGUGCUGCCAAGAUGCUCCCAAGCCUCUGCUCCGCCCUCCUGCUCUGGGGCCUCCUGGGGGCCGUCCACGCUCAGCAGCAGGAGGUCAUCAGCCCCGACACCGCCGAGAGGAACAGCUGCCCAGAGAAGGCCGACUGCCCGAUCCACGUGUACUUCGUGCUGGACACGUCGGAGAGCAUCACCAUGCAGUCCCCCACCGACAGCCUGCUCUACCACAUGCAGCAGUUCGUGCUGCAGUUCAUCAGCCAGCUGCAGGACGAGCUCUACCUGGACCAGGUGGCCCUGAGCUGGCGCUACGGCGGCCUGCACUUCUCCGACCUGGUGGAGGUGUUCAGCCCGCCCGGCAGCGACCGGGCCUCCUUCGCCAAGAGCCUGCAGGGCAUCAGCUCCUUCCGCCGUGGCACCUUCACCGACUGCAUGCUGGCCAACAUGACCCAGGAGGUCCGGCAGCACGUGGGCAAGGGGGUGGUCAACUUCGCGGUGAUCAUCACCGACGGCCACGUCACGGGCAGCCCGUGCGGGGGCAUCAAGCUGCAGGCGGAGCGCGCCCGCGAGGAGGGCAUCCGGCUCUUCGCGGUGCCGCCCAACCUGAAGCUGAACGAGCAGGGCCUGCGGGACAUCGCCAACACGCCUCACGAGCUCUACCGGAACAACUACGCCACCAUGCGGCCCGACUCCACCGAGAUCGACCAGGACACCAUCAACCGCAUCAUCAAGGUCAUGAAACAUGAAGCCUACGGAGAGUGCUACAAGGUGAGCUGUCUGGAGAUCCCCGGGCCCCCCGGCCCCAAGGGCUACCGCGGACAGAAGGGCGCCAAGGGCAACAUGGGUGAGCCCGGAGAGCCUGGACAGAAGGGGCGACAGGGAGAUCCAGGCAUUGAAGGCCCCAUUGGAUUCCCAGGACCCAAGGGUGUUCCUGGUUUCAAAGGAGAGAAGGGCGAGUUUGGAGCCGAAGGGCGGAAGGGCGCCCCCGGCCUGGCGGGCAAGAACGGGACGGAUGGACAGAAGGGCAAGUUGGGGCGCAUCGGACCUCCUGGCUGCAAGGGAGACCCCGGGGAUCGGGGCCCGGAUGGUUACGUGGGGGAAGCCGGCAGCCCUGGGGAGCCAGGAGAUCAAGGCUCCAAGGGGGACCCUGGCCGCCCCGGACGCAGAGGGCCCCUGGGGGAAAACGGGGCAAAAGGAAGCAAGGGCUACCAAGGCAACACCGGAGCCCCAGGAAGUCCCGGCCUGAAAGGAGCCAAGGGUGGGCCUGGGCCCCGAGGCCCCAAAGGCGAGCCCGGGCGCAGGGGAGACCCUGGAACCAAGGGCAGCCCAGGCAGCGAUGGCCCCAAGGGCGAGAAGGGGGACCCUGGCCCUGAGGGGCCCCGGGGCCUGGCUGGAGAGGUUGGCAACAAAGGAGCCAAGGGAGACCGAGGUUUACCUGGACCCAGAGGUCCCCAGGGGACUGCUGGAGAGCCCGGGAAGCAGGGAUCUCGGGGAGACCCUGGGGACGCUGGCCCCCGCGGAGACUCGGGACAGCCUGGCCCCAAGGGAGACCCCGGCAGGCCUGGCUUCAGCUACCCGGGACCCCGAGGAGCACCUGGAGAGAAAGGCGAGCCUGGCCCCCGCGGCCCCGAGGGGGGCAGAGGUGACUUUGGGUCCAAAGGAGGACCCGGGAAGAAAGGCCAGAAGGGCGAGCCUGCAGACCCUGGUCCCCCUGGUGAGCCAGGCCCGCGGGGGCAGAGAGGAGCGCCAGGACCCAAGGGAGAGCCUGGCCCCCCAGGAGACCCCGGCCUCACGGAGUGCGACGUCAUGACCUACGUGAGGGAGACGUGCGGGUGCUGUGACUGUGAGAAGCGCUGUGGCGCUCUGGACGUGGUGUUCGUCAUCGACAGCUCCGAGAGCAUCGGCUACACCAACUUCACGCUGGAGAAGAACUUCGUCAUCAACGUGGUCAACAGGCUGGGCGCCAUCGCCAAGGACCCCAAGUCGGAGACGGGGACCCGCGUGGGCGUCGUGCAGUACAGCCACGACGGCACCUUCGAGGCCAUCCAGCUGGACGACGAGCGCAUCGACUCACUGUCCAGCUUCAAGGAGGCCGUCAAGAACCUUGAGUGGAUCGCGGGCGGCACCUGGACGCCCUCGGCCCUCAAGUUCGCCUACAACCAGCUCAUCAAGGAAAGCCGGCGCCAGAAGACCCGCGUGUUCGCGGUGGUCAUCACGGACGGCCGCCACGACCCCCGCGACGACGACCUCAACCUGCGGGCGCUGUGCAACCACGACGUGACAGUGACGGCCAUCGGCAUCGGGGACAUGUUCCACGAGAAGCACGAGAGCGAGAACCUGUACUCCAUCGCCUGCGACAAGCCGCAGCAGGUGCGCAACAUGACGCUCUUCUCUGACCUGGUGGCCGAGAAGUUCAUCGACGACAUGGAGGACGUGCUGUGCCCGGACCCCCAGAUCGUGUGCCCGGACCUUCCCUGCCAAACAGAUGGACCGCGGCCUGGCGGCGAGCCCCCGGUCACCUUCCUCCGCACGGAAGAGGGCCCGGACGCCUCCUUCCCCAGGACCAUCCCCCUGAUCCAACAGUUGCUAAACGCCACGGAGGUCACACAGGACCCAGCCGCCUACUCCAGGCUGGUGGCUGUGCUGGUCUACACCGCGGAGAGGGCCAAGUUCGCCACAGGCGGCGAGCGGCAGGACUGGAUGGACCUGUUCAUUGAUGCCUUUAAGCUGGUGCACAGGGACAUCGUGGGGGACCCUGAGACGGUGCUGGCGCUCUGCUGAGCCCACGGGGUGUGGCCCCACCGGCUGCAGCAGCUCCCAGGGGCUGCCUACCUUACACUGCAGGGCUGAAGACAGCAGGAAGCUGUUCUCUUGGUCUGGAGGCCAGAAGUCCAAAAGCAAGGUGUCCCAGGGCCGCGCGGCCUCUGGGCCUCUAAGGGAGGGCCCUUCCUGCCUCUCCAGCUCCGUCUCUGCUUCUGUGGACACAUGGCCUCUCCCCUUCCCCCACCCCGGCCCUGCCCCAGCCUCCCUCCUACAGGGACACUUGUGGUGGCAUUUAGGGCCGGAUAAUCCAGGAGGGUCUCCCCGUUUCAAGGGAAUUAUUAACUGAAUUCCAUCUGCGAAGUCCUUUUGCCGUAUUAGGUCAUAGUCACAGGCUCCAGGAUUAGGACGUAGGCAUCUCUUGGGGGCCAUUAUUUCGCCAAAAAGAAAGAGGGAAGACCAGAGCCUCAUGAACAGCCCCAACUCCCGGCUUCACCUCUGGCCUCUGUGCCCAGGUCACCCCUUGUGCGCUUCUCUCGUCCCCCUGGUUGAUACAUUGAGAACCACCCCCAAACCAGCAGUCCCUGCGUUUCUGACUGACCGCAGGGACUUAGAGGCCCAGGGGCACACGGGGAAUUCGCUGGGCGGUUUCAGCUCCAGCUCCAGCUCCAGCUCUGUGGGUUUAAAGCCAAAGCUGCUCUUCAGCUGUGCUGCCAUAUAAAUAAGCUCCUUUAAAAAAAAGAAAAUCUGCCAGAAACACUCGCUCCUCCGUGGGUAGCCCAGUGCUGCAGGCGACACACCCAAGAGUGUCCUUCAGGUGCUGUGAGCGCAUCUCAUGCAUUCUAUAAAAGCUGAAAAACAA